AUGUCUUCAAAUGAUCCUUACAUUCGUCAAAUUCAAUUAUCAAUUCAAUAUAUAGCACUUACAUUUGGUUUUCCUAUUCUUAUCCUUGGCAUUAUAGGAAAUAUUUUAAAUAUAAUUGUCUUUCUUCAUAAGGCCAGUUAUAAACAUAAUGCAUCUUCAUUUUACAUGCUUGUGAAGUCAUUUUUUGAUUUAAAUGUACUUGUUAUUAGUCUUGCUGGUGAUAUUAUCAUUGAUGGUUUUCAUGCAAAUGCUUUAACAAGUGAAAAUUGGUGUAAAUUUCGUGUUCCAUUGGUAUAUAUAAAUUCUCUUUGUUCAUCCAGUUGCCUUUGUCUUCAAGCUAUUGAUUCUUAUAUGUGUUCUUCACGAAAUGCUACUAUACGUCAAUAUAGCACUAUUAAGAAAGCUCGUUAUUUGAUUGUUGGAUUUCUAUUUGUUUGGAUUUGUAAUGAAUGUCCAUAUUAUUUUAUGAAAUCAGCUAAUAUAAUACCUAAUUUGACAUGUCAAACAUCAAAUACAAUUUAUAGAACAUAUCGUAGUUAUUUUACAAUACUUGUAUUAAAUAUAAUUGUUCCUGUUACAAUAAUUACUUUAUUUGGAUAUCUUACAUAUAAAAAUAUGCAUACAUUAAAUACAGAUGGACAAUAUAGACUCUCGACUCUAACAAAACAAACAAUAAGAAUGGCUUUAUAUGAAAUUAUUAUUGUAUUAUUAUUUAAAUGUCCGUUUGGAAUUGCACAAAUUUAUUUGGUUAGUACAGCAAAUAUUGUUAAAGAUGUUUAUCGACAAACACAAGAACAAUUCAUAACUUUGUUUUUCUAUUUCUAUGUUUACAAUGCAAAUGCAGUCCCUUUCUUUUGCUAUUUUGCAGCUUCAAAAUCGUUUCGAAAACAAGUUAUCGAUACAAUUAAACGGAUUCGAUUUAAUCAAAGAACAAAUCUAGUUUUUCCACUAGGAGACACAUGUGGUGGAUUCAUACGCAAAGACGACUGGGAUAUUUCUGGCAAUGAUCUGUUAUCUUCACCUGUCCAAGUAACCGAUUAUGCUAGUUGUUGUACAAAAUGCCAAACAACUUCAGGAUGUAAGGCUUUUGCAUAUUCGCCAACAACAAAAGAUUGUUGGCCGAAAACAAGUACCGGAGGUGGUGGAAAACCAGAAGGCAAUAGAAUUUCUGGAUACAGUUCAAACAUGUGUGGUGGAUUCAUACGUAAAGACGAUUGGGAUAUUCCUGGAAAUGACUUAUUACCUUCAUCUGUACAAGUAUCCGAUUAUGCUGGUUGUUGCGUAAAAUGCCAAACAACUUCAGGAUGUAAGGCUUUUGCAUAUUCACCACCAACAAAAGAAUGUUGGCUGAAAACAAGUACUGGAAAUGGUGGAUUUUCAAGAAGCGACAGAAUUUCUGGAAUCGAUGGUGAAAUCGUCGGUGCAACAUGGCAAGAGCAUUGGUUUGAGCAUAAUCAACUAUUAACAAGAGUGUAUUACGACGAUGAUUUAGCACUUUACUAUGAUGGCGAUGUUGCUCGUUCAACAGUUCCAUAUGUUUCAAAAUAUCUUAGCGAUGCAUGGCGUUAUGUUAAAAGAAAUUAUGGAAAUUUUGGUCCUGAAGAAAGACUUUAUGCUAUAUUUCAUACUGGAAGAUAUAGUGGAGGUCAUCCAUCUUACUAUUAUUCUGCAAGUCAUGAUUUUAAGAAUGUAAUCGAUCAAGGUGCUGGACCUUGGUUUGAGCAAUUGGGAAGUAUGGAUAUACCUACACAUGAAAUCUUCCAUAUCGUUGAAAUGGCUUCAUUUAAUACUCAAGGAAGUCCCGGUUUUGGUAAUCCACCAAAUGGCUUAGGUUUGACUGCUGAAGCAGAAAGAGCUAAAAGCUUGUCGAUGGCUAAUUCUGACAACUUUCCAAGACCAAACACAUAUUGGUUCCGAGAUUGGCUCUAUCCUUGGUAUAUACAAGGUCAAGAAACAAAAGUUUUGGUCAAUUAUUUUAAACUUGUAGCACAGUAUUUUCCUAAAUAUACUGGAACGAAUCAAUAUGCUCGUUCAAUGAACUGGGGAGAAUUUAUUCAUUUCUCAAGUGGUGCUGCUGGUAUAAAUAUGAAAAAUCAAGCUACAAUCGCUUUUGGAUGGACAAGUGAAAUGGACAAUCAAUUUAAUAAAGCCCGUAGUGAUUUUGCUGCUAUUAUCUAUACUUGA